AUGGUUCAGUUUUACGUUAUAGACAAGUCGGGUGCCCGGCAUACCGUGCGGGGCCUGGAGGGAAUCACGCUGUCGGCAACCUUGCGCGAGUACGGCGCCUUUGACGAGUCCUACUUUAUGCCGCACCCAAUGGAGCCCGCCUCGACAGACUGCCAUGUGUACGUCGGCAAUGACUACAUCGACAAGCUGACGCCGCUCGACAGCGCACAGCAGAAGGAGCAGCAGCGCCUGGUGGAGGACUUCGUACGGCAAAACGCGCGCGAGAACAGCCGCAUGGCGCACUUCAUCCGCCUCACGCCGCAGCUCAACGGCAUGACCGUGGCACUCGGCCCCAUAGAGCCGUGGAAGACACAGUGA